AUGCCCUUCGCGGCCGGCUGUCUCGCCACCAGGGCGGGGCCGGGCGUGGACGCUGUGGCCUGGGAGUACCACAUGUUCCACGAUGCGCGCUGCGAGGGCGUCCACUUCCUUCGGGAGACCAGCGCCAUGGAGCGCCGCCCGCUGGUGUUCGGCUUCUCGGACACAGGGCUGUUCUUCGAGGGCGAUGCGCUCUCCGUCGGCGUCAACGGCAGGGCUGCGGCGCGCGAUCGCCUGCUGCAGCACGGCACGGAGUUCGGCACAGGGAAGCGUUGGCGUCCCAACGAGUGGUACGCUACAGAGGCGUUCGUGUCGAGCUCGGAGAUAGAGGCGUGGCGGCAAUGGGCGUCCUCCGAGGGCUUGAAGUUCGACGCAGACAAGCUGGGAAGGAUGCCGACCCACAAGCAGCGUCAGCACCUCGAGACGACAGGCGCCGCACGGCAGUUCAUAGACGCAGGCCUCGGGUUCUACACAUUGGUCACCAGCGCGGCCACUCCCCACGCCGUGGGGGACGCGUGGUACCAGGUUCGCGAGAAGGUCCUGAGCAUCAAUUGGCACCCUGGCCCGCUGGGGCACCAGCUGAUAGCAGCGCAGCUCGGCCACUUCGUGCUGACCCAGCUGAGGACACUCCUCGGGGUGGCGCCACCGCGCCUCCUGGCGGAGCGCGCGGCCCACAGCGGGCCAAACCCCGUCGUCAACGAGGGCGGGCCCGCGCAGGCAGACCGGGACUCGACCUGCGGCUCGCUGUCCGUGCUGAGCUGCGCCACGGGCCUGGAGCCGCGGCCCCCAGGGUCGGACCUUGCCUUGCUGCGCGCGCCGGAGUCCGAGGACAGCUGGGCCAGCACCCUGUCGCGCCAGGCGAGCGAGGGGAAGGUCAAGUCCAUAGACCAGCGGUACGUGCUCUCGGGCAGCCAGGACGACGGGGAGCUCCUCUUCGCUGUCGACGUUCCGCAGGGCACGGAGGAGGCGUACGCCCUGUUCUGCGCUGCGCCGUGCGGUUGGUUCUGCAAGGGUGCCACGGGCUACGUGGCCUCCGUGUCGCAGCGUUGGUGGCUUGAGACCGUGGCGCAAGGUUUGCAGCGGUCGUCCAUCGGCAAAGGACCGCACGGCGAGGCUCUCUCGAAUGACGACAUCCUCAACAAAAUCGGGUACCACGGUCAGUACACCCGCGAGAACGUGAGCGACGUCGCUUUCAGCAUCGACGGGCAGGAGGUGCCAGAGGACACCCUGGUCGAGGUCCACAAGAGACUUUUCGGCGCGCCUGGUGGUCUCUACUGCGCGGGGUGCAAGAGCGCUGCGGAUCUCUGCCAGCCGGUCGGGCGGCUGCGUCCAGGCCGCCAGCUGUUGGGACUGCGGGUGCGGCCACGGACCUUCUCGGCGCCAGACAUGGGCGUCGAAGUGUUGCAGAUGAUGCUCCUGGGCCAGCGGGGGCGUGAGCCUGGCGACGGCGAGCCAGCCGCGGCCCCCCGCGGAGAGGAGGCGUCGCCGGAGGCGAGGUCGCCCGGGGUGGCCUCCGCGAAGGCGACGGCGACAGAGGCUGCUGCUCCAGAAGCGACCGCACCGCAGGCGCAGGGGGCCGUCCCGGGGGCGGUUCCGCCAGAGGCGGAGGUGCCCAAGGCAGGCCGGGUGGCCGCUGCGCUCGCUGGGAUGGAGGCUUUCUGGCCAGGAGGUCGAGGCCGCGAGAUUCUCGGGCUGGCCACUUCGAAGAUACCGGCGCCGGACAGGGGCGCCCGUUUGCGGGAAAGGUUGCGGGCACGGCUGAAUGGAAAGGAGACGUUCGUGUUUGUCGCUUUCGGCAGCUCGGUGACGGCGGGCCACGACAAUUAUCCAGCUGCUCGUGGCCUGUGA